AUGCUAAGAUCCCAGAAUCGCUUUUUCCGGUACCAGAAACGGCUCAUUUCGAGCACUCGCGCACAACCGGUUACACCGUCGAAAUCCCGACAAAGACGAGCCACAACGUUUACGGAUGCGAUAAACCGUGGACCCUCGUUUGAGGAUUUCAUUAACGGUAAAGCGGCUGGAUUUAAUAUCGACCCUCUGGAAGCGGCUCGACAAAACGCGCAAGAAGCGAAGAGACUACCCAAAUGGUUGAAAGUGCCCAUACCCAAGGGAACCAAUUACCACAAGUUAAAAUCCGAUGUCAAGGAACUGAAAUUGAGUACUGUGUGUGAAGAGGCCAAAUGCCCGAAUAUCGGUGAAUGUUGGGGCGGAGGGGACAAAUCGAAAGCUACCGCGACGAUCAUGUUGCUGGGCGAUACGUGUACGCGAGGAUGUCGGUUUUGUUCAGUCAAGACCAACAGGACCCCUGCGAAACCUGAUCCGCAUGAACCGGAAAAUACAGCAGAGGCGAUUUCGAGAUGGGGGCUUGGAUACGUCGUGCUAACCACGGUCGACAGGGACGAUCUUGCAGACGGUGGAGUCGGACAUUUGGCCGAAACGGUGCGUAGGAUUAAGCAGAAAACACCCAAGACUCUGGUAGAAACUCUGUCGGGCGAUUUUAGAGGCGAUCUGGCCAUGGUGCGUACUAUGGCCCAAAGUGGUCUGGACGUUUAUGCUCACAACUUGGAAACCGUCGAGGCCUUGACUCCUCAUGUCAGAGAUCGCAGAGCGACAUACCAACAAUCUUUGGGUGUUUUAAAACAUGCAAAGGAGACUGUACCAACGUUAGUGACGAAGACCUCGCUAAUGCUGGGAUUGGGAGAGACCGACGAACAAGUUCUGGCGACGUUGAAAGAUUUACGUGAGGUACAAUGCGACGUUGUUACGUUUGGCCAAUACAUGCGGCCUACUAAACGACACAUGAAGGUCGUUGACUACAUACAACCUGAGAAAUUCGAAUUUUGGAAACAAAAAGCAUUGGAAAUGGGGUUUCUCUACUGUGCCUCUGGGCCUCUAGUAAGAUCAUCUUACAAAGCCGGUGAAGCUUUCAUAGAAAAUGUUCUGAGAAAGCGUUCUAGUCUUAGCAUGAACAAGGGUUGA